ACGUGCGCGCAGCUGAUCAGUCUGUAUUUGCCAGGAAAAGAUGGCAGCGUCCGUGUGCCGAGUUGGGAGUACUGUGGGUAAAGCCCUCGCCAAAGCACGCAGCCCUGUGUUGCUGUCGCUCCGUCGUGGUCAGGCUACAGUGUCGUAUGCCCAGACCCUGCUGGGGGCCCCUGAGACCCGACUCACUGCCCUGGACAAUGGCCUGAGGAUUGCCUCAGAGGAUUCUGGACAUGCCACAUGCACUGUUGGCCUGUGGAUUAGCUGUGGUAGUCGCUACGAGUCAGAGAGGACCAAUGGAGCAGGGUUCUUCCUGGAGCACCUGGCUUUCAAGGGGACAAAGAAGCACCCCCAGACAGCCUUGGAGCAGCAGGUAGAGUCGAUGGGUGCUCACCUGAGUGCAUACACCUCCCGUGAGCACACUGCAUAUUACAUGAAGACCAUGGCAAAGGAUCUGCCCAAAGCGGUGGAGCUGCUGUCUGAAGUGGUGCAGAGCAGUGCCCUGAGUGAGGCUGACAUUGAGCAGCAGAGAGGCGUGGUGUUGAGAGAGCUGGAGGAGGUGGAGGGCAGUCUGCAGGACGUGUGCAUGGACCUGCUGUACGCCACGGCCUUCCAGGGCACCCCCAUGGGACAGAGCGUGCUGGGGCCCUCCAAUAACUCCAGGACCUUGACUCGCCAGGACCUGGUUGAGUACAUCAACAGCCACUACAAGGCCCCCCGCAUGGUGCUGGCUGCAGCUGGAGGGGUGAGCCACGAGGAGCUAGUUGGGCUGGCCAAACAACACUUCAGUGGAGUGUCCUUUGAGUACGAGGACGACGCCGUCCCCCUGCUGUCCCCUUGUCGGUUCACCGGCAGCGAGAUCCGUAUGCGUGACGACGCUAUGCCGCUAGCACACGUAGCCAUCGCUGUAGAGGGCCCCAAUGCCGCCAGCCCUGACAUUGUGCCUCUUAUGCUGGGCAACGCCAUCAUCGGCAGCUAUGACAUCACCUUUGGAGGAGGAAAGCACCUGAGCAGUCGACUGGCUCGUUGUGCAGUGGAGGACAAUCUGUGUCACAGCUUCCAGGCUUUCCACUCCUCAUACAGCGACACUGGCCUGAUGGGCAUCUACUUUGUGGCUGAUAAACACAACAUCGACGACAUGGUGCUCUACUCCCUGAACGCGUGGAUGAACCUGUGUACCACAGUGACGGAGAGCGACGUCGCCAGAGCCAAGAAUGCCGUCAAGGCCAGCCUAGUGGGACAGCUCAAUGGUACGACGCCCGCGUGCGAUGACAUCGGCAGGCACAUCCUGAACUACGGCCGCCGCAUCCCCCUGGCCGAGUGGGACGCGCGCAUCGACGCUGUGACGCCCAAGAUUGUGCGUGACGUCUGCUCCAAAUACAUCUACGAUAAGUGUCCCGCUGUGUCUGCUGUUGGCCCCAUUGAGCAGCUUACCGACUACAACAGAGUGCGCAGUGGCAUGUACUGGCUUCGGUUUUAAGACGUCCCACCGUGCUGCUCCUCGUGUGUGCGUUGUCAGCUCUUCUUCCCGCCUUCACUCCUUUCUCACUGCGAACAUGAAGACCUCAGAACGGCCUCAGUUUAGCAACACAGACAGCCCUCCGUUCUUGGUUCCCUCCUCCGUCUCUUCAUCGUUCCUGCCUCCCUUUCUCUCCUGCGGAGGGAGGGAGGGCCUGGGUGCAUGUGUUCGCGGUGUCUCUGUUCACUGUCAAGACAUGCUUAUUCAUCAUUUACCUCUUAGGAAAGAUUGUAAUAUACAGAUUCCUGGUGUUAUCAAGGAGCAUUUGAACAUACUUCAUUUUGGGAAGGAGGAGAGAAGGGAUCUUCUGAAUACAUUGUGAUAUACCUAGAGUUAAAUCAGGCCACUGUGUACAACCUGUCAUUGUGGAGCAGAAGUAUUUAUGAAUUGCUGUAACGUUUUGUUUCUGGCCUCUAUUGUACAUAACAGAAGCUCUCAUUCCGAUGAAUAAAAUACUGUUCAACA